ACAGGUGGGAGAUCCCAUGUAGCAGACCAGUCAGUGUCAUGCCACCGGAUAUAUACAGGUUCAGGUAUAGGAUAAGUCACGUGAUUAGAAAAGAAAAGUAACUGUCAUGGAGUGACAUCACGGGGUGUGUCAUUUAUCAAUGGGCGUGGGAGGGGACUGUCACUAUGAGCAAGAAUAUACAGACACAGUGUACUUCAUCGCUAGAUCUGUCAGCCUUCCUCUACACAAGGUCAAAGCUGGGGAAGACAUUCUGUACAUCUGUCUGGACAUAAAGCAGAGGAACUGAAUAUGGCUCCAGUCAAAGAAAUAGAAAGCCAGCAACCAACAUCAUUAGAAAGAAGGACGCUUCAUCUCUGCAACCCUCACCUAGAACAGAUGAAAGAAGAUAUACUCUAUCAUUUUGAUCUUGGAACAAAAACUCAUGAUUUCCCAGCCCUGUUUGGGGAUGUUAAGUUUGUAUGUGUUGGAGGAAGUCCAUCGAGGAUGAAAGCUUUUGCUCAGUACAUUACUGGGGAAUUAAAUUUGGGAGACCCUAAAGCAGACAUUCCUAACAUCUGUGCAGGAACAGACCGCUAUGCCAUGUAUAAAGUAGGACCAGUGCUGUCCAUCAGUCAUGGUAUGGGAAUUCCAUCUAUCUCAAUAAUGCUUCAUGAACUGAUCAAACUUUUGUAUCAUUCCAAAUGUUCCGAUGUCACGGUCAUUCGUAUUGGUACAUCUGGAGGCAUAGGUAUAGAGCCAGGCUCUGUGGUGAUUACAAGUCAGUCUGUAAAUGCCUGUUUUGAGCCUCAGUUUGAACAGAUUGUUCUUGGUAAAACAGUAAUCCGUGAUACACAACUGGAUGCAGAAUUGGCUCAAGAGUUGGCUCAGUGCAGUCAAGAAAUCAAUGAAUUCAAUACUGUUAUUGGAAGUACAAUGUGCACUCUGGACUUCUAUGAAGGUCAAGCACGUCUUGAUGGAGCAAUCUGCACAUAUACAGAGGAAGAGAAGAUGCAGUACCUGAAAGCUGCUUAUGAGGCUGGAAUUAGAAACAUUGAGAUGGAAUCAUCAGUGUUUGCAGCAAUGUGUAACAUAAGUGGACUGCGAGCUGCAGUGGUUUGUGUCACACUUCUGAAUCGUUUGGAGGGAGACCAGAUCAGUAGUUCCCAUGAUGUUCUGGGGGAUUAUCAACAGAGGCCUCAGAAAUUAGUUGGAUACUUUAUAAAAAAGCGUUUAUCAAAUGUUUAAGUCAGAGCAUUUGCAAACACAUGUUUCACAUACUGUACUGUAUAAACAUGCAUCCAUAUUUUAGUCAUUUGUACAGCUAUACAUAUAUAUUAUGCAUCAUUAUUUAAUAGUUGUAAUAGAGUUGUGCAAUAUAAGUUUAUCAUAGAUUUCAUACUUGUGUAAAGUGUUUUAAUCCCUAAUAAAUAAGAAUUAAUUUAUUGUAAACACAUACUGUAAUUUACAACUGAAGAGACAAUGGAAAAGGGGACCUUUCCUCUUGUUUCUCUCUUGAGGAUCAUUUUCGGAACUGUAUUGUAUUGGUUUAGAGUAUGCAGUCAUUACUGAUUGAUAAUGUUUCCAAUUAAAUGAGGUUUAUUUGUUUUA